UCACCCCAUCUUUCCUUUCCCCCAGGACGGUGUCGUCAGCGGGGGUCCUGGGCGCCCACCUGCUGUGCUCGCGGGUGCCCGGCCUCACGCCCCGCCAGAGCCGCAUCUGUACGCGGGCGCCUGACGCCAUGGUGGCCAUCAGUGAAGGUGCGAGGGCGGGCCUGCGAGAGUGCCAGCGGCAGUUCCAGCAUCAUCGGUGGAGCUGCUCCCUGGCGUCUACCAGCAGCAGCGCGUUCGGCCACAUCGUUCUUGUGGGGAGCCGCGAGGCCGCCUACAUGUAUGCGGUGACCAGCGCGGGAGUCACCCACAGCGUCACGACCGCCUGCUUUCGUGGCAACAUCUCCACCUGUGGCUGUGACGACCGCAGGCGAGGGCGGUACAGUUCUUCCGGGUGGAAAUGGGGCGGCUGCAGCGCCGACAUUAGGUUCGGGGUCAGGUUCGCGAAGAAGUUCCUGGACGCCCGCGAGGUGGAGGGGGACGGCCGCGCCCUCAUGAACCUGCACAACAACCGGGCGGGACGCAGGGCGGUGCGGAGCGGGAUGAGGACGGAGUGCAAGUGCCACGGCGUGUCGGGCUCCUGCACCGUCAAGACCUGCUGGAAGACCCUCCCGCCCUUCACCUUCAUCGGGAAGCACCUCUUCCACAAGUACAGGAAGGCCAAGUCCGUCUCAGUGCAUAAGGCCUGGAGCACCGCUUCACGAGGAAGUAAAUCUGCAUUCCCGACGAGACGAGCGGCGAGGCGGCACCGCGGCUCCAGGCGGGGCGGCGGCUCCUCCGACACCCGCGUCAUGCCCUUCAGCUUCCAGCAGGUGUGGCCAGGUGUUGCAACCCUCCAAUAAGCACCUGUACCAAUCUGGAUAGAGAUGUGUAGUUCACAGUGUAAGGACAAUCCAGUUGCCAGUCAAACAUCUGGCACUGUUCCCCAAAAGAGCUGACAAACUCCGAGCCAAGUUUUUUUUUCUUUACACUCUGACCUAUAGCGCUGGUAGGCUUUCUUCAGGGGCCUGGUGGUUGACCCAAGCCCGUCAUGGCGCAGGGAAGUGUUUAUAGCAGCACCAUUUCUUCUUGGCUCAUGCUGCCUGCCGGAGCUCAUUCUUGAUUCACUUGGACAGUUCCUCUAGAGUUGGGGUAGAUAGGUGAUCUUCAGGACAGCACGUGGGUAGCCUUAUGUCACUUGGCAAUGACUGAAAAAUCCCAGGUGGUAGCAGAAGAUUUGAACCCGCAUUGUCCAGAACUUGGUGAACGCAGGACCUGCACACUAACCAUUCAGCCACUGCCUCUCUGUUCCAACAUGAGUAAAAAAUGAGAGGCCAGAAGAGAGUGGUUGAUCUCAAAUGGAGAAGUGUCUAGAUAGGCAGGAGGAAAUAGAUGAAGGAGGGCUGCUCUGGAGUUAACCUGCAUAAGGAAUUAGGAUAGUAUAGAGACGAGUAGAACGUUAUGUAAAAAGGGACCACAGUAGAGGUGGAGGCAUGUAGUUAGCAAGCUUAGAAGGGCAAUCAUCAUGAAAAUGUCUGUAGAAGACAGAGGGGCAACAUUGCAGCAGAGUUUGCUUUAGAAGAAGAGAGUUUAGGUUUGACUCCAUCGAGUCCAAAACAGCUAUGUGAGUGAAGCCCCUCCUAUAUGAAAUGCGCUCUCCAUACGAGGACAGACAAGGCCCCUGGAUAUCAUUUGUGAGGGGUAAAAAACUGAAAGACUAAUACAGAACACACAACUUCAAAGAAGCUGAUUUAGGAAGAGGUGAGAUGAAAUUAUGAGUUGAGGAUAGACCAAAUAUGUUUAUUGUUUAAGUGGACAGCUGAGUGUUGUCAUAGAAUAGGGAACAGAUGUUCGGAAUUCUAUCCCUCUGUUUUUAUAUCGUGUUUCCUUUCAAGCUAAUCUAUCUUUGCUAUGGUAAUCCUGCCACUGUCGUCCCCUAAACCUCUCAGCACCUGUAUUCUGUACGACUAUUUUAUUUCCCUCUCUGAGGAAAAAGUCAAUUUCUCCGCCUAUCAACUGAACAAAUUCCAUCGUCUAUUCCCUAGUCUUCGACCACACUCAGCGGUCCCUUUCCUCUACACUAAAUAUUCUCUGUCUAUCCUUAACUCAAAACAUUAACUGAAAACUUAUUUCAUCUCUUGCUAAAUCAGAUUCUUCGAGGUUAUGCAUUUGUAUCGUUUUCACCAGUUCUAUUCCCCCUCACACAUGCUGUCCACAUACAAGGGUCUUUUCUGUCCUCAUAUGGAGUAUGACAGAAGUCUUAGACAAAUGGUGGAAAAUUCUGUAGGAUCAAGGUCAUGGGCACUAGAGGAAGUGCCAUCUUGGCAUACAUAGAUGCAGCAUCCAGCUUGGAUUGAAAGCUGGGAUGAAGAUAGCGAGAGACAUACAUCACGGCAGCCACUAAUGGACUGGAGUUGUCCAAGAAACCCCCCAAGAAAGCCUACCAUCACUAUUGACGAUUACUGUCAGUAGCCCCAGAGACCCGUGUUUCAGUUAAGAAGAAGAGGUAAAGGAAGAGGAGGUAAAAGAGGAGAGAUGAUGUUCUACAGGAUGGAAACUGAAGCAAAGAUCGUGGAUGUUGCAAAAUUUGGAAAAAAAAAACUGAUUUUCACAAUGUAUACAACAAGCUGAACAUUUUAGAAUACCUUGGAAGAAGGAAGGCUGGGAGGAUCGAGGCAGGCACGGGCAGUAUACUGGCAGGAGUGAGGACAGCACAGCCUCUACCAUGAUUGAGUUCAGAAGAGCAGACUUCAGGGCAGGCUGAUAGAUGUGAUGUGAUUAUAUAUGAGCAAUUUUUUGAAUAAUUGCAGUGGUUCGUUGGACUCACAAAACUCACAGAGCUCACAAAAUUUAUGUCUCUCUCACAAGUAGACUUGCUAAGGGUAGUGUCAGAGUAUUUUUGUAGGGGGUUAUUUCUUUCUACACUCGCAUACUCUUCCUGACAUUGAGCUUCAUACUACACUUCCUGGCAUUGAGGUCCAUCUGCCACAUCCCAGCCAAAUCAUACAACCCAUCAAGCUUGCCAUGCAACACACUAGCAUAUUGGUCUGUUCUUAUUUCUAAUCUGCUGACCAAUGUUAAAUUUCACCAACCUCUCCUCAUGCACUAUAUAAUUAUUGUGCUAGACAAGGCAUCAAUCUGACUUCAGUAUUUGAAUCCUCUAUUAUUUUUAUAUAC